GGUGCCAGGCCAGACUAGUGUUGGCCUCACCGUCCUCACCUCGAGUGCUGGACUCCUGCCUCUCACCACCUUUUCAGGGACAAUGGAAAGUGACUUAAAAUAAAAAAAAUGUAAUAAAAAUAUGUAUUAUGUGAGGUAAAUAAAAUCACAGAAGACGAAUUAGACCAAUAUAUAAAACAACUCGGACGACCAUUCAAAAACACCGCCAUGAAUUUUUUGAGGAAUCUUAUACAGGGUAGCCAAUCUGCUAACAAGGCAGACACUGGGCAGAAGAAGAAGGUGUGCGGUCGAGGAUAUACAGGCCCAACAGCACCCCUGGGCUUGGCUGGCCCUCCAGGCAAUCCGGAACAGGAGGCUGAGGGCCAGAAGAACUUGACUGUCAUCACCCAGGAGAACGCGAUCAUCAGCAGCCCACCAUCAACCCCGAGUUCUCUGCCGUCUGAGACCUCCUCUCAUAGCUUAAGCAAAGAGUGUGACACCGCCUCAACAACCGAGGACACCAGUUUUGCCUCGUGCUUGACCGGUGACCCCAGCAGUGCCUCAGACACAUCCCCGACAUCUCCUGUGAAAGAGUUGGUCUCAUCGUUGGGUGUUGUCAAGACUCCAGCUGGUCAGGUCAACUUACUUGAUUCAUCAGUAAACUCUGUGUGUGACUCUGUGGCUCAGACCAAUACCCAAAAUGGGGUUAAAAAAGACUCGGAGUACGAAAGCGCGGAGGAGCUCGACCUUCCUCCCGACCGAGCCGCCGUUGUUGAGGUUCAGCCAACUUCAGAGAACCUCAUACCUCCAAGUAGACUCACAGACCAAGCUGAGGGUACACAGCAAGAGGUGAGCGUGCCACUUGCUGUAUUAGACCAACCCAACGACCUCUUCCUCCCAGUCCACGAAGAAAGUAUUAUUGUUACAAAGACUGAAGUUCCUGCCGCUGUACCCGUUGCUGUAGAGAGCCCUGUAGUUAGCACAGACAGUACUCCAGUAACAGUAGGUAAAGAGAGUGAAAACUUGACGAGUGAACGGCCGACAAGUACACCAAGUACUAUAUGUGACUCGGUAGUGAUCGUAACCAAGCGUGAAGUCAUCGAAGAAUCCGUAAGCAAGGGCGUUGAACACGUGACUUGGUCCAAACCAGAGAGUGAGUUGGACGGUGUGGUUACGUCAAGUUGUAGUGCGGACUCGACACGGAGCGUAGAGGUAACGGUACCACAAGAAAAUAAUAAUAAUCUUGAUAGUACAGAUUCUGGUGAAAUAAAAAGUGGAAGUAAAGACAUUGAAGCUCAGUCACUAACACAAGAUAUUUUAGUAAGCAAAGUAAUAGAAAACGAAAGCCAGUCCUGUCAAGUUACAAGCGACGUUGACAGUGAACUUGCAUUACAAAGUGAGAGUCAGGUUAUAGGUGAAAAACAAAAAAGUGAAGGAGAAAUUUGCUCAAAACACAUCGUUGAGACCCCCGAGUUAGCUGGAGAACAAGCCGAGAAACACCAGACGAGAGAGACAAAGGAUUCUACCACAGAGUAUCCCACUCCAGAGGUCACACCUACGGUAACUGCUCACUCACUUGAGGCAUCCAGAGAGGAGCAACAACAACAACCACCACCAACACAGGUCAUAGAUCCUGAUGACAUACCAAUUGUCGCCAAGAAGAGCUAUAACCUCGAUUUUCUUGAUGCUUUAGAUGAUCCGAACUUUAACCCUUUUGCCACAAAGACCUCGGUGAGAAGUUCCCCUCCGCCGACCCCAGACCCAGGUUGUAAACUUCCUCCAUUGAAACCUGCCGUGAGAAAGAAGAAAGGAGGUGAGGAAAGGAAGAAAGUCUCCGAAGAAGUGAAGACCCCUCCAGUAGCAGGUCAUACAGUGAGUGAGGCAAAGGUUAAUGAAGACCAGACAGUAAGUCAGAGGAAACAAGAAACAAACUCACCUGAUUCUUCCUCGUUUGAAGUAGAUCAGAGGUUACCUGUGCCAGGAGUCACAACUGUUGAUGACUUAAAUAAAAAUAUCCCUGAAAUACCUUCAGAAGGAAUAGAACAACCACAAAAAUCCGAGCAAUUGUUGGAAAUCACCUUUGAUGAGCCGGUAAAUUCCAUCAGUAGACCUCCCAGGAAACUUGGCAAGAAGCCCCAGCUAAAACAACAAAGACAACCUGUUAAGAAAACUCCCCCAAAGACAAAGGUUAUCGAGAAAAACAACAACAGAGUCGAGGACGAGAGUAUUACCGAAUCGGACACCAAACCCGAACAAGGCGACGACGACCUCCCAAUACCCCCAUCUAAGGGAUACAAUUUAGACUUCCUCAAUAACCUUGACGACGGUAACUUUAACCCCUUCGCAACAAAGUGUAGUGUAAGUAACUCGCCCCCAAGAGAAGGCUUCACUCUUCCUGACGAUAAAGAAUUUGAUAAACCCAAACCAAAGACCACCGUCCCUGCCAAGGAAGCUCACGCCAAGAAAGGUUUUAGUGUCAUUAAACCUAAAGCCAAAACAAACGUACCUGCAGCAGAUGAAUCGGAUUCACCGCAGAAAAUCGUAGAAGAAACGGUAAAAUUAGAAACAGACUCACUCGAAAAAAGUGGAGAAAAAACAGCAAAAUUAAAAGUAGUUUCACCCCAAAAAAGUGUAAAAGAAACAUCGAAAUUAGAACCAGUUGUAAAUCACUGUGAAAGUAACUCCAUAAAGCCUACUGAAGAGGAAGAAGAGAUACCCAUCAGACCCAAGGGCGGAUAUAACCUCGACUUCCUUGACGAUCCGAACUUUAAUCCCUUCCAGACUCGGUCGCCUCUCGAGUCGAAGACACUCAACGUUACCGAGUCUGAACCCGUGCCAAAAGAUAUCGUUGUUGCCAAAGAAAACUGUGUAAGUGAGGAGGUAGAUUCUUAUAGUGAGUGUGAUAAACAAAGUGUUGUAGUUCCUAAAACGCAAAGCGAUAGUAACGAGGAACAGCCGUCCCAAACACCUCAGAAGGAAGUAAAGGAGGAAUCUGGACCAAUAAUUGAAAAAGCCGAUAAAGAAGAAACGAGAGAAAGAGAGACAUUGGUUGAUGAAAGAGAGGAGAUAAAGAUUGUAGAAGAUAAAGUACAAGUUGUUAAUGAAUCUCAACAGGUUGCAGCACUAAGAGAACCUCAAGGUUGUGAAGAGAAAACAAAAGCGCCGGAGGAAGAAACACCAGACGUAACAGAUAGCUUGUCAAGACUCGCUAAAGAAAAGUUUGAAUCCGACGCCGAACUCUCGCAGUUAAAGAGAAAUGCUCAAAUAUCAGAGGAAGUGAGUCAGGCUCUACGAGAUCUAAAACAAGAGUCGAGAUCAGAAUUCGAAACUGAAGACGACUCGCGCAGAAAAUCUGAGAACGACAUCUCGGAGACAGAGAAGGAAUUCAACUUACCCAAAGUUCCAUCCAUCGGUACAAUCGGUCAGCUUGACAGCUUAGAGUUUGCCCAGCUACUCGGCAAUGAGGCAAGUCGUCUCGCUGAGGAGUUUAUGAACUGCUCUACAGAUUCUGGUCUUCCCGAUUCUGAUGAUAGCAGUUGUGUCAAACCCAACAGCGUAGAGUCAGUCAUGGCGGACACCAACUGCACCAAAUCCCCUCAGUAUGGGGCGCAUCUGGAUGAAAACGUCAACCCAUUCCAAAGGCAUUCAAGGUUAUCCCGGUCUCCACCCUUAGGCAAGAGAGAGGCAGUGUGUGGAGCGGAGAGUGGAGAUAGUGCCAACAUGCAGGACCCCUUCAACCCCAGAAGAUCACUGAAACGAGAGAGUGUCAUGGGAGAGGAGAGACUGGACACCCUAAGUCUGGAUGACGACUCAGGCAUUGUACUUGGCACGCGCUCUGACCUGGAGACGGAGGUGAACCACAGUGAAGCUGGACCUGAAAUUGCGACGGGUCUGACCUCGAGCGACCUCAGAUGCGCCUCUCAGUUGAACACAGAAGAGGAAGAGGAAGAAUUGUCUGACCAAAUUACAGAUGAAGAAUUCCUUGCCUCAGAAGCAUUUUUCAAAGAGGCGACCGACAUGGAGAACCAGCUGAGGAAGACCUUGACAUCACCGCUCAUGGGAAGUCACAGUAAACUGAGUGGAGAUGAAGUGGUGCCCGUGAGAGACAAGAAGGAUCACCCAGCCAUCACGCCAGAGUCUCCACAGAACAAGCCCGCCCCGUCCACAUCUUCUCCCGCUCCGCCGCGGGAGGAAAGAUCAGCACCAGAGGGGACCAGCAGUCCUACGCCCCGUCCCAGUGAUACCUCCGAACACAAGCCCUCGUCAUCACGUCCUUCCUCCGUCCCAUCGGAGGGUUAUAUGACUGCUGCUGAGGUUCAAGAACUCUUAAAACAUCAGGAGCUAAAGUUUGAGGAAAAACUCCUCCAGGUAGAACUGACGGCUGGAGAGAAGGAAAAAAAAUUACGGCAAACCAUGAAGGACGAACAGAAGGAACUAACCAACCUUGGAGAGUCCAUGGCCGAGUUGACGCAAUCACGUGAUGCGUUGUUGAAGAUGGUGGGUCAGUAUAAGGGGAUGCUUGCUCAACUUGUGAGUGAGAAGGAGAAGGAGAAACAGAGUGCUGAGGAGAGAAUAAAAGCUUUGGAGUUAGAGAGAAACCAGGCACUAGAAGACCUAGCCAAUGUUGAGGUUGCAUUCUCUGAUGUACACAGGAAAUAUGAGAGAAUAAAACAAGUUAUAGACACACUGAAAAGAAAUGAGGAGACUCUACGUGGUGCCGUCACAGAUUAUGAAAACAAACUACAAAAACAAGAAGAGAAAUUUGUAGAGUUCCAGAAACAUGCAGAAGAGAAGAUUCAGCUGGCCAAUGAAGAAUUUAAAACCAUGAGGAAAGCUAACGAUCAAGAAAUGACAAAAAUGGCUGCUCUUCUCAAAAAGGCAGAAAUGAAAAUAAUGUCUCUACAAGAUUCAUUUGAUCGAAAAACUCGUGAGAAUCAAGAACUAACACAACUUUGUGAUGACCUCAUCAACAAAGUUGGAAGUUCGUCUUAAGGAGGGAAUCCAGAUGAAUGGUGGACUUAUUGUAAUAUGAGGUGUGACUUCCCGACCUCCAUGAUAAUACUGUUUAUCUCUGAGUGGGAACCUGUGAUGAUGUUGCCUGGUGAAAAUGGGUCCCUGUAUAUUUUUUCUUUAAAGUGUACAUGUGUUA